UGUCAAAAACAUAUUGAUAUUCUAUGUUUGAUGUGAUUAUUUCAUUUAAGAUAUGUAAUGCUUGUUUUAAAGCUAAUUGUUUAUUGAAUGGUUGCAUAGCUAUUACAAUGUUGUGUUAGAGUUUUUUGAUGUGUUUCAAGUGAAGAAAAUGAGAAAAUGGUAGCACGGACAGAUUGCAAUAACACAAAAAAAAAAUGGAAAAAGAAGAUUGGGCUUUACAGGUCUGUUUAUGGAAGCAAGCAACUUGGCCACUUGGUAUGGGCCGGUGCUCGACGACCCCUCACCUUCCUUUGGGCCCCGAGCGAAGGAGCGGCUCAAUGAGAGAGUUGGGACCGAGUCCAUUGUCGUAUUGUCAAAGUAGAAGAUGGAGAUUUGUGAAGGGCAAUUUUCAGGAUUUACUUGGACCAAGUCCACUGUCCUUUAGUGGAAGGAAAUUGGAGCUGGAAAUUUCUUGGGCCGGCCCAGCUUCUUGUCCGCCUGGGACAUUGAUGGAAUUGGAGCUGGGAAAAGAUUCCUUUGGGAGGAAUAAAAGGACUUGGACUGGAAUUAAUUCCAGAAUUCUUUGGGGGCAAAAAUUGGAGAGCAGCAGCGCGAAUUGGAGACUUGGGCCGGGAUCGUGGAAGCGGUUCGAGAUAGAUAGAAGAGCAUCGUUGGAAGCGCGAACUUGUCACAAACUAAACACCAAUUUUUAGGGAAACACUAUAGGUUGUAGUUAUUUCUAUACUUGAUGGAUUGAUUCAUAUUUUUUCCUUCCAAUUUAUAGCGCAUGAAAUUGUUUAAUGUUUUGUGUUGAUUGGCCACCAAUACAUAGAUUCGUAGUUAAUAGGUUAUUAGCGACAGUCAAAUCCUAAUAUCUGAACAUAUUUCAUGUGACAUAGUAACUUAUCGAAGCAACAGUGGAUUAAAUAAGGUGUUAUGGGAUCUUGAAUGAGAUAUCGAUCUUCGGGCUAAAUUAUUAACUCACUAAGCUACGACAGUAGGAUUUGAUUUAACUAUUUAGUACAUAGUGAUUACCGAUAGGGAUAGCUAACACAAUAGUGAUAUUUUGACUAUAGAUAUAUGAGUUAAACAGAUUAGAAAAGUGAAUUAAUUUGAUAUUUUAGAUAGUUAAUACCGGUGUUUAUCGUAUAGCUUUCUCCAUUGAAUUUAUCCCGACCAUUAAUUUGCUUGUUUUGUUUAAUUAUUUUCACCUAUAAUUUGUUCCAUAAAAUUGAUAGAUCAUAAGGUUCUACCACUCCCUAAAAGAUAAUACCUGAAUUUUUGGUUUACUACGUGAUAAGAAUUAGGCAUAUACGCUUUUGCUUAUCAUCUGCGAGCUGGAUUUUCAUGCUAAGUGGGUGAAGACUUCCUAGAUUUAGUUUCUUAAACACACAAUAUUAGCACCAUAAUGGAUUAGUAAUCAAUAAACUUUAGAAUUGCCAAUAGUACAAGGUAAUGCUAGCACCAUAACAAUGACAAUAGCGCAUUUCUGCGGUAUUCAUCAAUAACCCAACCCAUUAAAUUUUACUCAAAUAACUUAUACAAAUACUUAAUCCAGACGACGCUGAAGUAUUACUUACUAGGUUGGCCUAAUAUUCCAUGGUUUAGUGUAAUAUGCUGUUCGUUAUUCGGCUAUGUCUUUAUUUGAUGUAAUUUGAGGUUAGGUCGGAAAACAACCUAUAUUGCAACAAUGAUCGAAGGAGACUCUAUUUGAACAAUCAACAUUUUAACCAUGAACCGUGCCUAUUCAAUGCGAUUUCGAUUUAACCACAAAAGUGCAACCAUUUUUCCACCCAAAGCAGUUAAAAUUGGGAUUUUACCUAAAAUCGAAAACUGAGGUAAAAUCGGAAUCGUAAAAUCGAAUCGUAGAAUCCUAAGAUUUUAAGUACCAUAUAUAAAUUAACAUAUAAUAAUAUUAAUAAGGUAAAUAAUUAAUAACACAAAGCCUUAUAACAUUUAAAGUGAUAAUUUUCAAGAUUAAUGUUCCAAAAUUAUCAUUUUAAUUGUUAUUUAAUACGCAACUCAAAAUAAUUUAUGAGGAAGGGAUAGAGCUCAUGGGGUUUGACUCUUAUUUUUCAUGUUGUGUCUAGGUAGUUUAACUCAAAGUAGUAUUCCGACAUCGUCUACUAAGCAUGAUUUAAAACUAAGAAUAACUGAAAUCCAAUAAAAUAAUUAAUGCCAUUGGUUUGGUACAAAUAUAUUCAUUAAUCAAAUAAUUUGUUAAUAAUGAUGUUAAUUCUUACGCACUUACAAUAUUCUGAGAAUUGUUUUACCGAUGAGUUAAACAAGGAGAAGGGAAAGGGGUUGACCGAACCAUAAUUAAUUUUUUUCUUCUUUUCAAAUGUUCUUUUAAUAGAAAAAAUAUAUGAGAAGAUCCCCGUCAUUGCUCUUUCCGUCGAAACAGUUAUGUUUCUUUUGAUUUGGUUCAAGGUUUCAAGCUCUCUAUUUUGAUCACAUAAGCUCAAAAUCCGAUUUUGGUACGAUCUUACGAUUUUAACGAUUUUAAUCCCGAUUUUGAACGAUUUUAAGGUCCACAGAUUUUAUAGUAAAAUCAGGAUCGAAAUCCCUAAAUAAAAUCCUAAAAUCCUACGAUUUUAUGAUUAAAAUCCUGAUUUUGAC